AUGGCUCGCGUUCUCAUCCUCACCACCACUGACGCGCCCACACCUCAGUCGUCAGCAUCCAUGUUGAUUCGAGGCGUGCUCCUAGGAGGCCUGCUAUGUCUCAUCACCACCAACAGUCCCUUGCGGACUGCAGGGGCGUUUGCCGUGCUCGGGUACCUUGCCACCACCGAGCUUAUCCCUCGGGUAGGUCCCCAGUUUAAACGCAUUGGCCUCUCGGGACGCGAUCUCCUCAAGCCGCCCCGGAAGGACGGUAAGCCCAGUGAACCGUUGCCCGAGUCAAUGGGGUUGGUGGCGGCAGUGACGUAUUUUUUCGUCAUGCUCUUUCUCAUUCCGUUUGUGUUUUUUAAAUACUUGGUAAUGCUGAGUGCUCUGGACGACAGCGAGGUCUACACCGCCUACGCCACCCAAUAUGAGCUGUUGAACGACAACCAGUUGUUCCCCCACAACAAGUUGCUGACGUUUUUGCUGGCGUUGCUUUGCCUCAUUUGCACCACAUUCCUCGGGUUCUGCGACGAUCUCUUCGAUAUCCGGUGGCGCCACAAGUUCUUCCUCCCCGCCAUUGCUGCCAUCCCGUUGCUCAUCGUCUACUAUGUCGAUUUCUCGGUGACAUCGGUGGUCGUGCCGACGUUUGUCACUAAUUCUAAAGUGGGUAACUGGCUCCUUGUGGCGUUCAACUGGAUGAUUUGGGGGGUGAAUACCAUUGUUACUCGCCUUAGUGGAUUGCUGUUUUCAUCACUCCCCUCCGACUACGAAAUCCCAGAAGGGUCACCUAAGCUUCUCGACUUGGGCAUCUUCUACUACGUGUACAUGGCUGCUAUUGCUAUCUUCGCCCCCAACGCCAUCAACAUUUUGGCAGGUAUUAAUGGUCUUGAAGUGGGCCAGCUGGUGGUGCUCGGCGUGGUGCUUUUAUUAAACGAUCUCCUCUACAUUACUAAUGGAUCUGUGCUGCUUGCUGCCCGUGAACUGCACUUGUUGCUGGCGAUAUUCCUCAUCCCCUUCCUUGGCGUCGCUCUCGGGGUGUUGCGGUACAAUUGGUUCCCUGCUCGUGUGUUUGUCGGCGACACCUUCUGUUACUUUGCAGGGAUGGUGUUCGCGGUAGUGGGGAUUCUGGGCCACUUUUCCAAGACGUUGUUGCUCUUUUUGUUGCCGCAAAUCAUCAAUUUCAUUUACAGUGUACCCCAGCUCUUUCAUCUUGUCCCCUGCCCUCGGCACCGGAUGCCGCGGCUUAAUGCUGCCACGGGCAAUUUGGAACCAUCUUAUGGUGAGUUAGCGGGAGGCGAAUCGAUCGACGGCGAUGCUAAUACCCCUCCCAGCCUGGUCAAGACUCGCUGGGCGACGCGACUCAUCCUUCUACCCUUGGAAACGUUCCGCUUAAUUGAUCUUAAACGUGAUGAAAAGGGCCAAGUCGUUGAGUUCUCCAAUAUGACGAUGAUUAACUGGCUCCUCGUGACUUUCGGGCCAAUGAAAGAAGACUCGUUAUGUCUUUUGAUCAUGGGGCUUCAAUUUGUCACAGGCAUCCUUAUGAUCUUCAUCAGACAUACUUUGGGACCGUGGCUUUUUGGCUACGACAACUUCACUUGGGGAGUCAGCGACGGCUCGAUAACGAUUUGA